CGCAACAACGCGUACGCGCAGUCGUAUUUUGCCAUCGUCAGCUAGCCAUGGAACCCGCUGGUGAAUCUUUUGUCCCCGGAGGUUUCUUCAGCGUGACGAACGGCUGGGAGAAGCACUUCGGCAACGUCAAGAUACCCACGGAGGCGCAGCUCGAAGAACGCAUGGUGUCGAGCGGAGCGCGCUUCGCGCGACAGAAAAUGACCGGAACGAUGUUCCACGAAGAAGGCAUGCGUGCGCAACGUCAUGUAUAACGACGUGUCAGCGGAAUCCACGUGCGGACUUUUACGUAGUAUCUGCCUUCCGUCCAUGAAAGGCGAAUAUUACAUCGUGCACGCCGCCAUUUCGAAGACGACGGGCUCCGUCUUGGCAGGCCAUUGCCUCUGCCCCGCAGGCCUUAGGGGCACAUGCCAACAUUUUGUUGGAUUAAUCCUUCAAGCGAUUCACUUGGCGCAAAAGGAUGCAGUAAUGUGCACGGAGGUUUCAUGUACUUGGAUUGUUCCUGCCCAAGCCAAAAAGCCUGAGCAACCUCUGCCUCUGCAAGACAUCACUUUUCACUCAAGGAAAAAUGAAGGUGGGAAAAGGGCGGCGGUUCGACCCACUGCCAGGGCUCUCACCGAGUGAUCCAUCUCUGCUUGCUGCCGAUCUCGAAAAGGUGGCAGCAAAUUGCCUGAUUCUCCAUCAUAUGAGCAAGGAAAACUCAGGA